AGUAAAAGUAAAUCGAUGCCCUGGGUGCGACGCGAACAGACAGACGCACGACAAAAACGGCAACAAAGUGCACGGAGUGUUCAAGGACAGCUAUAGCUUAAUGCAUGGAUCAAAUAGUUGAUAAUAUAGUGGAAGCUGUUGCGUUUUAACCGAGGUGAUGGAGACUCUCGAUGCCCGCCAGACAGGUGCCAGGAUGCAGGAUAUGGACAUCAUGGAUCUGCACCCCUCCCCUACACCUGAGGUUGAAGACUUUCUGCCAGAAUUAGACCUGGAUGGCUUUCUGGAACACGAAGAUUUUCCUUUUGACUUCAAUGAUGCGCUGUUUGACCUGGACUUUAGUGUGGACAUACAGACUGGUGAGGUUGCCAUACCGACAGCUGUGGCCGAGCCAGGCGACCAGAAACAGAACUGCGAGACACAGAGAGAGCUUGGUGACGGACAGAGGAAGAGAGAGACAGAGAUUGGUGACAGACAGAGGAAGAGGGGAUCGACAGAGGCUGGUGACGGACAGAGGAAGAGGGGAUCGACAGAGGCUGGUGACGGACAGAGGAAGAGGGGAUCGACAGAGCCUGGUGACAGACAGAGGAAGAGAGCGAAGAGGAGAGCGACAGCGCCUGGUGACGGACAGAGGAAGAGAGAGACUCAGACAGACUCUCCCAUCAGAGGUUGUGCUGGUUCUCCUCCCCUCUCGGCCGUGACUCUCUCUCCUCCUCCCAGGCUUGUCCAGAUCGCUCCUUCUCUCCUUUACAUUCCUGGGUUUGGGACUGCUACUUUCGUCUCUUCGUGUAGCAAUGGCUCAGGGCUGCAGCUCGUUCAAGCCCCUGUUCUCGGCUUCUCAAGACCUCCCACCUACAUACUGAUGUCUUCUCCGUCGCUGUCUCCUAGAACCCUCGACGUCCUACCUCUCUCUCCAGAGGAGUACAUUCACCAAGCCAAGGCUCACCUGAGGGGAAUGUGCCAGGAGAUGGAGGCGGGCCUUAGCCUGGCGUCCCACUAUGUUGACGUGCGAUUGGUCCAGAGGCAGAUCCUGAUUGGCUCAGGGAAGAACACCAGCAAGUGCCUGGAGAAAGAUUUGGUCGUUAUCGGAGACGCGGAGAGGAGGCGGGGCUCGUUGGCCAGGAGUCAGGUGUUUGAGAGCUCCCCCGGGGCGAAACCCAAACGUUCCAUCGUGUUGCUAGGCAACGCCGGCAUGGGCAAAAGCACGCUCAUCAAGAAGCUCUGCGUUGAUUGGUCCGACGGCCUCCUGCCUCAGUUUGACUUUGUGUUCUUACUGGACGGUAAGGCUCUGACCCUCCCCCCUGAGCCGACCUAUAGCCUACGGUCCCUCCUCCUACACCUCUCCUGCCCCCACCCACGGGAUGUCUUCAAUCAGGUCCUCUCUGUCCCGGAGCGUGUGCUGGUGCUGUUCGAUGGCUUCGAGGUGGUGCGUGACUUGGAGGGGCUGCUUCAGUCUCCAGCGGAUGACAGUAAAGGGGAGAACUACAGCGUUAGACAGCUGUUCUCUGGUCUGCUCCAGAGGAAGCUGCUACCAGGCUGCUCUCUGCUCCUCUCUGCCCGACCACGAGGCACCGUCAGUGGGCUGCUGAGACGGGCUGACAGCCUCCUGGAACUGUCUGGCUUCUCCCCUCCGGACAUCGAGAGAUACCUGGGACAAUACUUCUCUGGACAGUCCCUAGAGUCCCCAAUCUCAGUCCCAGCCUCAGACUCAAUCCCAGUCCCAACCUCAGUCCUAGCACCAGUCCCAGACUCAGUCCUAGCCUCAGCCCCAGUCUCAGUCCCAGUCCCAGUCUCAGUCCCAGUCCCAGCCUCAGUCCCAGUCUCAGUCCCAGUCCCAGUCCCAACCUCAGCCCCAGUCCCAGUCCCAAGGGAGGAGGAAGAGAGAGAGAGGGAGGAGGGAGAGAAAGAGAGAGAGGAGAAGAGGGAGGAGGAAGAGAGAGAGGGGGAGGAGGGAGAGGAAGAGAGAGAGGAAGAGAGAGAGGAAGAGAACAGGUGUGUUCUGUCAGAGUUGAGCGGUCUGGCUUGGCAGGGGGUUAAAGGUCAUUCAUCUCUCCUGACCCUGACUCUGGACAAUACCGUCUAUGUCAAGCUGCGGUUGUUUGGCCUGAGGACUGGACUGGUCCAUUCUCACUGUCUGAGGGGGGAGCAGGGCAGAGAUGGUGACGGUGGCGGCGUGAGUUCCGACAACAUCCUGUCCUGGGCCCACCCUUUCCUGCAAAGCUUCCUGGGCGGGGCCCACCUGUCCGUCUCCAGCUGUGUGUCUGACCGCGCUCUGCUGGCCCAGAUACUACCACAGCCCAGGGGGAGGCGACGGCCUCAGGGAGAGUGUCUGGACCUUGCUCAGCGAUUCGCUGUCGGGCUGCUUUUCCGGAACAAUGCGGAACUCCGGGAUCUGGCCACCCUGGAUACCGGCGCCAUGAAAGUGGUGGCGGCCAAGCGAGCCGCUGUGAUAUCACACCUGGAGAACCUUCACCAUGGCGACCUGAGCCCCGCCCGGCUCCUGGAAGCGUGUCACUGCGUUUACGAGACAGGCGACAUCCGCUUGGUCAGGCACCUGGUACGGAACCUUCCCGAGGUUCUGUCGUUCCAAGGGGUUCCGCUGUGCCCCGCCGAUGCCUUCGUAGUGUGGAACCUUUUGGACCAGUGUAGAACGCUGAGGAGGAGGUUCUGUCUGGGGCUGGAGGACACAGGACUGAGGAUGACAGGAUUAAAACUACUGACGGGUCUCAACAACAUACACUCAUACAGGGCGUGUAUCGCUGACACCAUCACUCUGUGGGAGGAGCUAGAGCAGAGUGGGGAGGAGGAGCUUCUGAAAGCGGUUGUGUCCAAGUUGACCCUUAACCCUUUCAGAGCCACACAGGUGUCCCAUGUCCAACACCUGUCCACACUGGUCAACAUACACACAAGCAGGAGACUGUCUGAGAGCCAAUCAGAUGGUGUCUUGGGGGAGGGUCUUCCUGCAGUCAGAGAUCUUCACAAGCUGGAGUUUGAGCUGGGGCCAGUGAAUGGUCCUCUGGCGCUCCCUAAACUCCUGGAGCUGCUGCCAGCCCUGCACAGUCUACAUCACCUGGAUCUGGAGAACAGUAAACUGGGGGACAGUGGGGCUGAGGGGCUGGCUGGAGCUGUGCUGUCUCUCUCCUCUCUGCAGAUUAUCAAUCUGUCCCAGAACUGUAUAGGAGACCAGGGAAUAGGGAGUCUGGCUCCUGCUCUGUCUACCCUCCCCUCACUGCACUGUCUCAGUCUGUACAGUAAUGUGAUAUCUGACGGGGGUGCUGAGAGUCUGGCUGCUGUUUUACCUCAGAUGACAUCACUCAGUGACCUGGAUGUCAAGUACAACAGUUUCACGGCCCUAGGAGCUCAGAGUCUGGCUUCCAGUCUGAGGGACUGUCCAUGGAUCAAGAGUCUGGGGAUGUGGAAUGUGUGUAUUCCCUACGGAGUGUUAGAGAGACUGCAACAACAGGACCCACGGAUACAACUGCUCUAGAACAUUGUUCUAAUGUUGUUCUAACAGAACCCCAGAGGAUACAGCUGCUCUAGAACAUUGUUCUAAUGUUGUUCUAACAGAACCCCAGAGGAUACAGCUGCUCUAGAACAUUGUUCUGUUGUUCUAACAGAACCCCAGAGGAUACAGCUGCUCUAGAACAUUGUUCUGUUGUUCUAACAGAACCCCAGAGGAUACAGCUGCUCUAGAACAUUGUUAUGUUGUUCUAACAGAACCCCAGAGGUUACAACUGCUCAAGAACAUUGUUCUGUUGUACUGUUCCUGGACACCACUGUACUGUGUUCCAGGACACCACUGUUCUGUGUUCCUGGACACCACUGUUCUGUGUUCCAGGACACCACUGUUCUGUGUUCCAGGACACCACUGUUCUGUGUUCCUGGACACCACUGUUCUGUGUUCCAGGACACCACUGUACUGUGUUCCAGGACACCACUGUACUGUGUUCCAGGACACCACUGUACUGUGUUCCAGGACACCACUGUUCUGUGUUCCAGGACACCACUGUUCUGUGUUCCAGGACACCACUGUUCUGUGUUCCAGGACACCACUGUUCUGUGUUCCAGGACACCACUGUUCUGUUCUGUGUUCCAGGACACAC